AUGAGUAAAGACGUCUUUCCCAUGUUGGAGCUAGAAGAAUUGGUGGUUUGUCUGCAAAGUUGUGAUUUCUCCAUGGCGUCGGAAAAUAGUAUAUUGAGACCUACUUCGCAAUAUGUGACGACUUUAUACAAGCAGAUAAUUGAUAGUUUCAUGGGGAUAUCGCCUGAUGAUCUCUCUAAAUUUGAUAACGAGAUAGAAGGCUUCAAACUGGGUGUAAAUAAUUUUGACACGCGAUUGAAGGACACCCUGAGCGUUUUGACGUUGAACAAAGUGUGUUAUAAAUUUUUUUGCGACGUCGGGGUGUCUGACUUUAGUUUGAUGGAUUUAUUCAAACCAGAUCCUUAUCGCACUCGACGUCUUUUGAGCGCAGUGGUAAACUACGCCCGGUUUAGGGAGGAGCGAAUGUUUGACUGUGAUCAAUUUAUGUCUAUUACCGAGACGCUAUUAGGAGAAAUACGACAAAAAUUUGAUGACCACAAUUUUCUGCGAAGACAAGUCGACAGAUACAGAGGAGUGGAGGGCAUGGAAGGUCAAGACGACGUUACUACCUUGGAAGACGAAAACAAGAAUCUGGAGACCCAAUUGAAAAAUUUAACGCACGUUCAGGAGGCUUUCACUAUCGAUUAUAAUACUUAUAAAUCCAAUAAACAAGCCUUGCUGUCAGAAUUAGAGUCCUUGGGCUAUCAGCUGAUUGAACUGGAAUCUCAGAGAGACAAGCUGAAAAGAUACACAGAGACCGAUUUACCCACUUUGGAGCGAAGUCUCACAGAGCUUCGAACCGUCUUACAGCAACAGCACCAAAAGCUUUCUGAGUUAGAGUGGCGGCAGCGAAAAAUCCUUAUUUCGGGCAAAACUUUCACCAGCAUAAUGUCUCAAGUAUAUGACGUUCUCCAAGUCAUCUCCACUGAUAUUCAAGAAUCGCAUAUGAAGGAAUCAGGCCUCAUAGAUCUUAAAGAGCAGAUUUCACAAAGUGCUGAUAAGCUCCAGAACCUGUUGACCUCCGGCGUUCUCGUGAAAAUAUCUAUUGUGCAAUCUCAAUUGGACCACCACCAGGAAAAACUUGGCGAGCUUAAAGAGUCAACGACCGCAAAACAGCAGGAAAACAAGAAAGCAAUUGAGAUGCUCCAACACGAGUAUUCCAAGGAAAUACUUCCGGAGUUACAGUUGACCGAAGAACGCAUAGAAAAGGAAAUAAUGGCAGGUGUGAUGAAAGAUUUAGAAUCAGAGAUACGGAAUCUUAAGGCCCAAUUUCAGCGUGAAUCUGAUGCCAUUGAACUUGAAUAUUCGCUUUUGGCAAGUCACAUUAACAAAUACAUAGAAAGCGUUCUCCAAAAAAUGGACCAGGGCUAG